GGAAGGAGGAGGAGUAGGACAUGGCGCUGAACAGGAACCAUUCGGAGGGCGGUGGCGUAAUCGUUAACAACAGCGAGAAGUGAGGUGCUAUCCCCUGCUCCCCGCCUCCGGCCGGGGGAUAGCAGGUGUUUUGAUGACCUAUGAUCAUGUAGAACUUACCUUCAGUGAUAUCGAACCUAUGCCAGAUGUGUUUAAAGGGACCAAGAAAGGGAGUGUUUUCUUGACUCCCUACCGAGUUAUCUUUGUGUCAAAGGGAAAAGAUGCUAUGCAGUCUUUUGUGAUGCCCUUUUAUUUGCUGAAAGACUGUGAAAUUAAGCAGCCUGUCUUUGGAGCAAAUUAUAUCAAGGGCACAGUGAAAGCAGAGGCAGGAGGUGGCUGGGAAGGAUCUGCUGUGUUCAAGAUGACUUUCUCAGCUGGAGGCGCGAUCGAGUUUGGUCAGCGGAUGCUGCAGGUGGCAUCACAAGUCUCCAGAGGUGAAAUACCCAGUGGAGCUUAUGGCUAUUCCUGUAUGCCGAAUGGAUCCUACACUUUUGCACCAGCUGCAGCUAAUGGGGGCUAUCCGUACCCCCCACCUCCUCCUGAGUUUUAUCCUGGCCCUCCUGUGGUGGAUGGAGACAUGGGUUACAUGCAGUUUCCACCUCCACCAUACCCAGGGCCCAUGGAACCUCCUGUGAGUGGGCCAGACCUGCCCACCACUCCUGCAGCUGAAGCGAAGGCUGCCGAAGCCACUGCCAGUGCUUACUACAGCACAGGCAACUCACAUAACGUCUACAUGCCUCCGGUGAGUUCCUGUGUCAUCCUGGGUUUGCAAUAUGAGGACCAGCCACCCCCUCCUCCAUACUUUCCACCAGAGGACAAGAAAAACCAAUAAGCUAACACAGAACUUCUCCAAAACUCAUUGCUUUCUUACUUCCCAUUUUGGCAGAAUCUUGGGACAUAGUCCCUGGCACUGAGGAGCCUCCACCAAGGCGCAUAGUUUUCAUGGACUUUAGUGGUAGAAACAUGCAGAGGAAGGGGAGAGAUUUCGGUAGCCUGGGUUCUCUUGUAGAGCUCUGAGGGUUUGCUGUUCUACUGCAGUAUUCCCUUACCCCUGUGCACCACAUCGCUAGAACUGGAGGUUCUUUUCAUCUGUUUCCCUUAUAUCUGUUUCUUUUUAUUCUUAAAUUAUACCUCUUUAGAGUGAGAAGCUGCUCCAAACUGAUGAUUAAAGUGCCCAUAACAUGGUAACAAAGUUUGGGGGUGGGGGUGUCUUGAAUUUACCUUAGUAUACAGCCAAGAGCAUAUGUGGACAUUCCUCUCAAGGGUAUCAUAUGCAACUUUCCCCUCUGCUACUGAGAAAGGGUUUCAAAUGAAAUCUUUAGCAUCUCAAAGGAAAUGGAUACCUAUUGCAUUUUUCAGAUAACUGUUAAACUUCCUUGGGUUCUUUACAAUUGUAGCAGAUAAUAUGGUAGCCCUCCAAAUUUCCCUGCUGUGCACUGUGUGUGAUGAUGCUGAUGAGCUUCCAUUCUGAAGAAAACAUAAUACUCCUUACAGGGUUGAUGAGUAGGUAACUAGUUAUAGAUCGUAUGGGAACACUGAUUUUCUCAUGUCUUUAUUUAUUCAUUUAGAUUUGUGUGCUUGAGAUCAAGUCCUGAAUAUUCUCUUUAAUUUUUCUUUGAUGUUACACAUAUUGGCCAGUGUAGUAUUUUAUGGCUGUGAUUUAACUGGUGAAUUAAUAUCUAAUAGGGAGAAAAUAGUUCCUUCUGCCUUGGAAGGUCUUGAGAAUAUGCAGAACACUGGGACAAGCUAUUGGGUACAGCUGAGCUGCUUUUUUUAAUGCUCUUUAGUGCUGUUAGUGUUCCUGUACCAGCUUUGAAAAUACUGCCUGGAAACUUGAACAUGGGCUCAGUAGACUGAGGGUUCAGGCCUUUCUUUUCUGUAGCAUUGAUUCAUCAAUCUCAUUAGCAAUGACUCCAGUGUGCACAACCUCUGCAAGAUGGGUCAGAAUCCAGGUUGUGAAACUUUGCAUUAUACAAGGCUUUGCACAAAGCAGACUUCAUUGUCUUCUGACAGCUAAGAGAGAAAAUCCUUCCCAGCAAGUGUGAAGAAAGAUUGUGCGCUAGGGGAGCUGCUGAGACCUGCUGCAUGCAACCUGCUUGGAGAGACAAAAAAAGGUCCACCCCUCAUUUUGUUUGAGUCUAGCUGAUUAAUCAAAUUGCUACUAACUGUACACUGACUUUUCUAGAAUUGCUGUUGUAGUGAUGUAAAGAAAUGGUUAUUUAAAAAAGAAAUAAUUAUUUUGAAAAUGUUUGAUUAAUAUAUUGUGAAAUGACUCUUGAAUGCAGAUUUGUUUUUUUGAGACUGUGAACUAAAGAGAAAUCAGCUCAAAACUUAA